AAUCAGUGUAGAAAACAUCACAUCGUUGCCUGUCUUCCAUUUUAAGAUGCCCAUAACAAUUUAAUAUUAAGAUAGAUAAAAUUAUGUUUAACAGUGCACUCUCAAAGAGCAGUUUAUUUUUUUAGAUACUUGUCUUUUAUAUGUUUCAGUAUUACCUCAUGUAUGAAUCAUUUGUUCGGUUAAUCAUACCUACACAGAUGCAUUUUCUUUCUUUUUUACUGUUUUCAUUUUCCCAUUGGAUGUCAUUAUUUUUCUCAAACUGUUGUGCUUUCUGUCAACCAUGGCAACGUGGCGUGCACCAAAUCACUGGGGUUUUCUUGCCUGAUAAACUUCACAUAUUAAUGCUGGACCUAAAUUUCUGGUCGGACCUAAAUCCACGUGUGGAAUUUAUUAGAUUGGUCUGGUUUUCCAGCUAUUAGCCUUAUGUUUACGUAUGUAUCUACUUUCAGGCUUUGUGGCCCCUGAUGAUUUGGGUGGGUGUGGUCUCUUCUGUUACCCCUCAUCCUAAGUGAAGCCCCCUCUGUUCCCCCAAACACACACGCAUUCAAACCACGGCGAUGACACACCAUUCAAACAACUCUGUUCGAGACCAUAUGAAAUGGGCUGGGUUGCUGGGCUGCGAGGCGGUGCUGUCCAGCAUGGCCUUGAUGCAAGCCAACAACAUCCCAGGCCAGAAGAGGAUGAUGUCGCCCUUGGGUCAGGGGCACAGGGCUAGUCCCGAGAGCCACCAAACCCACUCGCAGCACAGCCACAACCACCAUGGACACCAGGUUCAUCAUGGACAACCUCACCAAAGCCACAUGGGCCAUCCUUCAGCCGGGAGCUGUCCACCACUGCUGAUCCGAAAAGACGGGGAUUAUCACUCAUCAAGAAUGAUGGAUGGAAAGGACAUGCAGGCAAACCAGAAUAUGCAACCCAAGAAGAAGCACAAAAAAGCAGGGUCAUCCAGCAAAGUUAAAGUUGAGCAUUUACUUCCAGCGAUGGAUAUGGACGACGAUGACAGUUCCUUGAAAGUCCAGAAGAACUUCAUCUGUGACCACUGCUAUGGAGCUUUCCGGAGUAGCUACCACCUCAAGCGACACAUACUUACACAUACAGGAGAGAAGCCAUUUGCUUGUGACGCAUGUGAUAUGCGUUUCAUUCAGCGUUACCACCUGGACAGACACAAGAGGGUGCACAGCGGAGAGAAGCCGUACCAGUGUGAUCGCUGCCAUCAGAACUUCUCACGGACAGAUAGGCUGCUAAGACACCGACGGCUAUGUACAGUUGGGAUGAGCAAAGAGGAAAGCCAGUACUCACAGCAGGACGCAUCUGCCCAUCCAGCUUCCUGGAGCCCCCUACAGCCUUCCAACAACCGUCUGACUGUCUGACCCUCCGCCUCCCACAGAGACCCUACAAACAGCAGUCUGCAGCUCAGUAACGUCGCACGUUGGAGCUCAACAGUACUGUAACCUGAGAACAGCCUAGCUUACACACAACCAAACUUUACUUUGCCCUCGCCAGCUCUUACACAGAGCUUGAUAAUGGAUUUUUGUACUUUUUUAAUCUGCUAUUCCAUUCACGAUACAGACAAAAGGGUAAGGACAAUUUCACGAUCUUGGACAAAAGGUCUUGGUUUUACGGCAAUAACUGAGUGAAUAAUGCACAUACCUGAAAGGUUGCAGGUAUUUUUUUGGUAUUGCUGCUGAGGGAUUGGAAGUAUUUUUGAAUGCAUUGUAUCGUGCGGCACCUCUUAGGCAUCCUGUUGACCUGCAAUCUACCCCAGUGCUGCCCUCUACUACAUAUGGACAGUUCACUAAAGGACACGCAUACAGAACUGUGUAGCUUUUUAGUGUUCAACUCUUCUCAUUUUGUGUUCCUUAUGCUCCUCAUCAAGUACCAGCUACAGCUCAUAAGUGAAAGAUCACAACAGACAUCCAAUACUGAAUGUGUUGCGUGCAUAACACAUCUGAAAUUCUAUUUAAAAUACUUUUUUUAAACAUGAAAGCGUCUCAUUACAAUAGUAACCCAUUGUCACUUCAUGUAGAAGAUCGCCUUUUCUCCAACACACAAAUAUCAAAUGGAUCAAAAAUGAUUUCUUACCUGCUAUUUCCCCAGCUGUAAAACUGAAUUACAGGUGCAACCCUGUUUGUAAUGUGUACAAACACUAAAAGUUAACUAGAUGCUCCUCAAAUGUAAAACGUUCAACUAAUCUUGGUACUAGUUAAGUUGUGUCGCGGCUGUUGGCUCACAUGUUCUCUGUUCUACCUUGUUUUAAAGGGGGUUUGUUCGGACUGUUAAUAUGUUACACUGUUGAAAUACAGUAGAAGAAAGAACACAUUUAAUAAGCUUUUUUUUUUUUUUUUUAAAUAUAUAAUAACUGGAUGUAGGAACCACCUGUCUGUUGCAGGAAUUAGGUGCUUCUGUAAUAACCCCCUCAAUAUAAAUGAAGUGUGCUUACUGUCUCUGUUCCUAGAAACCACUGUCAGUCUUAUUGUUUCCUGCUCAGCGUUUAUAGAUUCUUUUGUUCUGACUUUGAAAGACAUCCGUCCUUUCAAACGGAUUGUGGUAAGCGUGUUCCUGAGAUUUACCUGAAAGUUCCUGAGAACAAUUAGGACACAAUUGGAUUAAAAACCAGUCCCAGGCCUAAAGUGACUUUUACUGGAGGUACUCGGGACAUUUUCUUAGCGCCAACUAGUUUAAUUCAGUGCUCAUGAUAAUUGCCCAGGUCAAUUCAAACAAAAUAUCAUUUGGCUCAUCCAUAGAUUUGAGAGCUCACCCCUGUCUUGACCUGACUGAGUGUGAUCUGAAUACAGUGCCAUGUCAUUUCAUCUCCAGUUUAACCUUGAGCAUCUUCAAUGAAGAUGAUGAGCAGAAGGUCCACGUGGUGUUUCGUAUAUAAUGAUGACUUGCAUAAUAUUAUGUUCGGGCCUCUGUUUGAUGAAAUCCAACUGUAAACACUGGACGGCAGAUGUUAGCUCAGUUGUAGAGGAUUGUAUUGUAGACUGGUACUUCUGUUGCUACCAGACGUUUAGGUAAUGUGAAAGGACUUUGGGGCCCAUCACUGACUUGUCUACUUUUUAUGAAGUUAAUAUAUAUUUAAAUUGUAUUAGGGAUAGAAAAUAGUAUGUACGGGACCUACACUUCAAAAGAAAAUCAAAGUAUUUACAAAGUUAUAAUCUUUAGUCUGAUGAUUUCUUAUGUCAACUGAAAAUGGCAAGACAUGUUUCAACUUGCUGUUAGGAGUAAAGUACAAUUGGCCACUCUUGUUUUUUUAGUAUAGCAGCCAUGAUUAGUCAGCAUAUUUUUUUUCUUUUGCAUGUAUUUGUUGAAGGAUCUUGUAUACAUUUUGUUUUGGUAAAAGAUAUUUUUUUAAAUUUGAGCCCCACCUUUUUUGUCAUUUCAGGGGUAAAGUAAAAUCAAUUUUGACUCAGUCAAUCAUACUGUAGUGAACGGAGUUUUAGGGCCUCAAGUCUCAAUAAAGCUGUUACACUUUUUAAACAUG